AAAAACAAACAAGAGAAGAAUAAUUAAGUUCAAACUCUUGUGCGUGUGCACAUAUGGUGCAAUUAGACAUACUGUAUUGUCUACAUGUUCAGUUUAUGAUAAUCAUCAGUUUGACCUGUGUUUACAGGCUAUAGCAGAACUGGUGACCGAGAAGGAUCUUGCAGAGGGGCGUCUGUAUCCUCCUCUCAACAGCAUCCGGGAAGUUUCCAUCAAGCUGGCUGUGAAGAUUGUGGAGUAUGCCUACAAAAACAAAAUGGCAACGCUGCAUCCGGAGCCGCAUGAUAAAGAGGCUUUUGUUCAUUCGCUCAUCUUCAGCACAGAGUACGAAGAGUUUGCAGUGGAUUCGUACAGCUGGCCUGAGAAUGCCAUGGCUGUCCAAAUGUGCAAACUGUGACCUCCAAAAUACACAGACCAGAAUGAGAUUUAGAAUGUGACAAUUCUGUUUCUGUUUUAAAUAUGAUUUCUUGACAUGAUUGUAAUACUGAACAGUACUGUAAACAA